AUGAUUCUCUGCCUGGGCUUGGCUGUGCUCCUGGGAACCGUUGGCCGAGAGCUUUGGUGGGACAGCAAAGCUGAGAUCCUGAGCCAUCUUGAACCCUACGAGGAGGUGCUCUCGAGAUGGGACUUGUCUUGCGACAUCGUGUGGGAUCAGCUCAACGGCUGUAUCUUAUUCCUGGCAUGGAGCUCUUUUGCGCAUGGGUUGCUUAUACUGGCAUUGCUCGUGGUGACUAUGCCGUUAACUUUCUGGCCUGCGCUGGGACUGGUGGGAUGGGUGCUGCGGAUUUUCGCUUUGACGCUGCUGGAUGUGGCCUACGCGCUGAGCGGCUUACAGCUCGCCAAGGUCCGCUUUGCCCACGGAAUCGAAGGCCGCGCGAAGAAAACGUGGGAGGGUUGGCUGUUGGUCCACGGUGGCCUGGACUACAUGCGAAGCUUUGUCUCUGGCAGGGCGGGCCCAACCUUUCUGGCCCUAGUGCAUUGGUUCUUGGACGAUGAGGCGGCGGUUUGCAACGGCCUCCGCAUCGGACACCAGUUGGUGCAGCAGCUUGCACGGGGAGCUGCAAUAAAGCUUUGUGGCAUCGAAGUCGUUUAA